CUUGAUCAAGGAUGAUAAAUCAGGUUUAAUUAAGAGAGCAUGCAAUUUGGUUGCCUACAACAUUAUAAAUACUGAUAAGAUGUUACUGAAUGUAUUAUAUUUGGGUUUGUAGGCUAACUGCUCACAUCUGAACACAAAUAUUAUAUUAAAGAAGCAGUUAUACUUGAGCUGAUGGUGACUAGCAUGCAAAAUAUAGACCAACAAGCAAUAUGCCAAUUAAUAUGCUUAAAUUGAUAAAAAAAGAGAAGCUGAUCAGACACUGAAAAUGGAUAAAAUGAGUAUGAUCUUCCUCAUUAUUGUAACAUUAUGGAUAUGUUCAGAAAAAGGAAGUGAUGGCAUAUCAGAAAUGUUAAGGAAUGACAUGAAGAUAUUUAUUCCAAACAAUGGACAAACUACUUUGAAUUCAGCCAAAGUCUGCUCAGAUAUCCCCCAAUGCUCUUGCUUUGAACUCCCCUCUGCAAAGGGACUACAAGUUGACUGCAAGGAAAGAAAUCUGACAAAUAUUCCGACCAACUUGCCUCUCAAUACUACACAGCUUGUAUUAACAAUGAAUUUUAUUUCUUCAAUUCCUGACAACAUCUUUAUGAACUACACAAACAUGACUUUUUUGGACUUAUCGUUCAACACAAUAAGUCAGCUUGGGCAAAACGUCUUCAAAGGAUUAGAAAACCUCGAAGUUUUGAAUUUGGAAAUGAAUCAGAUACGGUAUAUGAAUACUUCAAUACAUUCUGAAACAUUCAAACCAAUGACCUAUUUGACAGCGAUAAAUCUUCAACAACAUUUACCAGAUAUCUCAAAAGACGAAAGGUACCCAAUAAAGUCUUUGACAUAUUUAAAGGCACUUCAACACUUGGCUAUGGACGGUCUGCCAAAUCAACCAUUUAAUGAACAGUUCCUUAAACUCAAGUUCCUAAAAAUCCUUCAACUCGGUGGAGUACAAAGAUGUAAUAUUACACAGGUCUCCCGCAACAUGUUUAAGAAUUUGCCAAACUUAACUGAUCUCACAAUACAAGGCUGCAAACUAAAAUCCAUCCAAAAUCAGAGCUUCAUCGAAAUACCAAAACUUGAAACACUAAACCUGUCCCAUAACGAAGAGCUUGAAUUCAAAAGUUUUGCGAACAUUUCUUAUGGCUUACAAUUUACUAAUAUUCAGAAACUGGCUUUAAUAAAAAUUCAUGCAACAUUUGGUGACUGCACUAUACUUACUGAUGAAAACUUAAGAUAUCUACAUAAUACUUCACUGAAGUAUAUUUUUUUAGACUCUAACCGACUUGCACUGUUUGAAAGCAAGGCUGUCCGCUACAUCCCUCGCAGUCUGAUUGGUUUAUCAUUGAAAGACAAUAAACUUAUGCUCGGAGAGUACGUUAUCCAAAUAGUGAUAGAUAUAGCAUUUCAUAAUUUGUUUGCAAAUCUAAAAAAUUUUCUAAUUGCUUCACAAAGAGUCAAUCACAGUUUUAAAGAACUGUUUAAACAUAUGACUUUGGCUGAAAUAGUUAACAUGUUUGCAGACCAUAACAAACAAAAAAGAUCCCUUCAGUUCCUAAGAAAGGAAAUUUUAUCGGGAAAAGACACAGAUAUAAGUCAGCCUGUACCUAAAGCUAACAUACAAGAUCUCAGCAAAAUACUAUUAUUAAAGUAUUUUGGAGACAAGUGCAGAAGUUGUAAAAACAUUUCCACAAGUAUUAUACCACUGCCACUCCCACCCAAUUUAACUGUUGCAGAUUUGAGCAACUUAAAAAUUCGCACAGUGGUUCGACCUCUCUGUUUCUGUGAAAACAAAUUACAAAACUUAUCACUGAAUAUGAACACAUUUUGGUACUGGAAAGGACCGCUUGUUGGAUUAAAUGAACUGACAUAUCUAAAUAUGCAAUGGAACUACUGCGAGAGAAUUUCGUUAGACUUUUUUCACUACCUUCCAAAACUUCAGCUUUUGUACAUCUCUGGAAACUUUCUCGGAUUUCCACUUAGUACAGAUAGUGAUGGGAUAAUAUUCGGCAAACUGGCAAAAUUAAAGGUACUCCACAUGACUGACAAUAAAAUUAAAUUCCUGCCGCCAACCAUUUUCAAAGGAUUAAAAAGCCUUCGUGAGUUAUAUCUACAAUCAAAUCAAUUAGAUAUCAUCAGCUGGAAUAUGGAUCAUAUGUCUAAACUUAGACUGGUUGAUUUGAGAGGAAAUCAAAUUGUCACCAUUGAUGAAAAUGUUCGCCAACAUUGGGACAGGCUUGCUUCCACUGGUUCAUUUUCUGUCAAUUUGGUUAAUAACUCUUUCAGCUGCAACUGCAAGAAUUUAGAUCUGCUAAAAUGGUUUUCAGAAACAAAUGUGAAUUUUACUGACUAUGAUGAAUAUAAAUGCAAAUUUGACAACGGCACCCAUGGAAACUUAGUCCAUGUGGAUAUGAUAAGCAGAUCUUUAACAAAAGAGUGUGCUAACUAUUUCAUAGUAAUUCUUGCUACAUGUCUGGCCAUUCUUUCAGGGCUAAUUACAGUGGCUGCUGGGUUGGCAUAUCGCUACAGAUGGAAUCUGCGUUACAUGUAUUACUCCGCAAAAUUCAAACUUAAAGGAUAUAGUCCUGUAAAUACUGAAGAAGCAGACUUCCAAAAUGACGUUUUUGUUUCUUAUGCUGACAGUGAAGGCACUUUUGUACGUCGUCACCUAGUUCCUGAACUUGAAAACAAUCGUGGACUUAAUCUACUAGUGCAUGAUCGUGACUUCAGAGCUGGAAAUUUUGUAAAUGACAACAUCAUGCAUGCUAUUACAACAUCGCGUAAAACACUGAUAAUCAUGUCUAGAAAUUUCCUGCGAAGCAAGUGGUGUUGCUAUGAGAUGAACAUGGCUAGAAUGGAAGGUAUCAAGACUGGACGAGAUGUCGUCUGCAUCCUUAUGAAGGAAGAGGUUCCAACUUCUGGCCUACCCCUUGAAAUCAUUGACAUUAUUAGCCAGAAAACAUAUCUUGAAUAUCCAGAUGACAACCAGAAUCAUUUGCAACAGUUCUGGGAUAGACUUGCUGAUGCGAUCAAACAGUAACAAUAUUUUAACAUGUGUCUUUUUUAUAAAUAUAGAUAAGAAUUGUUCAGAUCUGUUUCCGGUCAGCAGAACAUGUAUUCAACCAAGUAUUGCCUGAGGUUUUACCUUUAAAAAGUCAUGAAAUUCAUAGUCACAUUUUCAUAUCUUGAAGUUUUUUUCUUAUAAGUUUUACUGGCCAACGAAAUAAAAAAAACAGAAAAUGGUACAAAGUAAAUACUAUAAAAUGAUGUUGAGUAUGCAGUUGUUAUUUCUUAAAAUCUGACAUUUCAUUCAUAAUUUACAGCAAAAAAUAACUUUUCCCAUGCUUUAAUAUAAGCAUAAUCUAUCUUUGAGAAAUAAAUACAUUAUCUAGAUUGUAAACAGACAAAAUGGUGUCACUUUAAUAUCAGUUGUACAGUAAUUAAUUUGUCCAAAAUAUCUAAGAUGUACACAAUACAAAAAUUUUAUC